GACCGCGUCGCUGCUUGCCUUGCCAUGGGUCGACAGAAGGAGCUGGUGAACCGUUGCGGGGAGAUGCUCCAUAUCCGCUACAGGCUGCUUCGCCAGGCGCUGGCGGAGUGCCUGGGGACCCUCAUCCUUGUGAUGUUUGGCUGUGGCUCUGUGGCUCAGGUGGUGCUCAGCCGGGGCACCCAUGGUGGCUUCCUCACCAUCAACUUGGCUUUUGGCUUUGCUGUCACCCUUGCCAUCUUGGUGGCCGGCCAAGUGUCUGGAGCCCACUUGAACCCCGCUGUGACCUUUGCCAUGUGCUUCCUGGCACGUGAGCCCUGGAUCAAGCUGCCCGUCUACACACUGGCACAGACACUGGGGGCCUUCUUGGGUGCGGGGAUCGUUUUUGGGCUGUACUAUGAUGCAAUCUGGGCCUUUGCCAACAAUGAGCUUAUUGUCUCCGGCCCCAAUGGCACAGCUGGCAUCUUUGCCACCUAUCCCUCUGGACACUUGGACAUGGUCAAUGGCUUCUUUGAUCAGUUCAUAGGCACAGCCUCCCUCAUCGUGUGUGUGCUGGCCAUUGUUGACCCCUACAACAACCCUGUUCCCCGUGGCCUGGAAGCCUUCACUGUCGGCCUUGUGGUCCUGGUCAUUGGAACUUCCAUGGGCUUCAAUUCUGGCUAUGCUGUCAACCCUGCCCGUGACUUUGGCCCUCGUCUUUUCACUGCUCUGGCUGGCUGGGGCUCAGAAGUCUUCACGACCGGCCGGCACUGGUGGUGGGUACCCAUCGUCUCUCCACUCCUUGGUUCCAUUGCUGGUGUCUUCGUGUACCAGCUCAUGAUUGGCUGCCACCUGGAGCAGCCGCCACCUUCCACUGAGGCGGAGAACGUGAAACUGGCACACAUGAAGCACAAGGAACAGGUCUGAGUGGGCAGCAGCCAUCCCCACUCUUCACUCUCUGGAGUGUCCACUGACUGUGUGGGGGCCGCUUCCUAAAAGCCCCCUUGUGAUGCCUCUCCCAGGCUAAGAUGCUCCCUGCACCCACCCCUGCUGGAUGGCCCUUCCAGAAUUCCUACUGAACUCUGCCCAAUAAGACAUUAGGUCCCCCCACUCUUAAGCCAAGGUAGGAUAGCAAGUAGGACCAAGCAUCCUUUUGUUUCCCAAAAGGAAAAGAAUGUGUGCAGUGUGUACCUGCCUGCGUGCUGUUUUCCAGGCAUUUAGGGCAAGGGACCAAGUUUUCAAAACAGACCCUAGCAAGUUCAAGGGAGCCCAAGGGAAGGGAGUGAAUGAGUGAGGAAUGUACAAGAGUGUGCAUCUUCAAGGGCUCCAUGUGGAGGUGGACCCAGAAGUGUACUUCUGAGCAUGGGUGUGUCUGCUUUUUUUUUUUUUUUUUUUUUUUUACAGUGGUUUCUAGGCUUUGGGAGGGGGAAGGGGUAACAGAGACAUAGCUCUCAUUUGGAGCUGUGACCCCUGAGUAGGAACUGUGUAAUGUGUUUCUGUUAUAAGAUUGGCACUGGGGUGGGAAUGAAGUCCAUGCCGUGUUUCAUAUUUUCUGUUUUUUAAAAGAAUAUAUAAAUAUAUACGUACAUAUAUAUGUUACAGUCUUAGGAAUAGGGGUAGGGAGACUCCUUUUUAAAAGGGGUCUUUCCCCUUCCUUUAAUCCUCAAAUCAACAAUGUACUGUUGCCUUUUAUAAAAAAAAAAGAAUAAAAUGUAUGCAUAAAACAGGAA